AUGCGCAGUAGAAGAGGAGCUGACAGUCUAGUUCCAAUUAAUCUUGAGAUCGAGAAGGAGUGCAAGCGAAACCGAAGAAACAAGAGGGCUGAAAGUUCCACUGUUGUUACCGCAGAUAUUAAUAACAGUGUGGAAAACAUGAGCGGGGGAGCACUACAAGAUCAUAAUCCUGCUGGUCAAAGACCUCUACGAGACUAUGUACUCCCUACAGUCACAGGGGUACACUCAUGCAUCUGUCCACCAGUAGUAGAGGCAAACAAUUUUGAGAUCAAGCCUGCUAUCUUGCAGAUGGUCCAAACUAAAGUUCAAUUUGGUGGCCUCCCCACUGAAGACCCCAAUAUGCACAUAGCCAAUUUCCUGGACUUGUAUGCCACUUUCAAGAUGAAUUGGGUGAGUGAUGAUGCCAUUAGAUUACGAUUGUUCCCAUUCUCACUAAGGGAGCGAGCGAAAACUUGGCUGAAUUCACUUGAGGCCAAUACUAUCACCACUUGGGAUGCUCUAGCUCAGAAGUUCUUAGCGAAGUUCUUUCCACCUGCUGAGACUGCUAAACUGAUAGGGGAGAUCAAUAACUUCUCUCAACUUGAGGGAGAAUAUUUGUAUGAUGCUUGGGAGAGGUUCAAGGACUUGAUCAGAAAAUGUCCCCACAGUAUUGAGAAGUGGAUGUUGGUCCACAACUUUUACAAUGGUUUAUGCGGUACCACUCACACAAUAAUUGAUGCAGCAGUGGGAGGAGCGUUUAUGAGCAAAAGUGCUAAUGAAGCUUAUGAACUCUUAGAGGAAAUGGCCACUAAUAAUUACCAAUGGCCAAGUGAACGAGCGGGCAUUAAUAAAAAGGUUGCAGAGGUUCAUGAACUAGAUGCAAUCACAACCUUAACUACUCAAGUUGUGUCUUUAACUAAGCAGCUGCAACAAAAUACCAAUUCUGCCCAAGUUGUGCAAGCCCAAGUAAUGUGUGAAUUGUGUGGAGGGCCUCAUCCUUUUGACCAGUGUCAAGCUAUUUUAGACCCCAACAAUGUCCCAUUAGAUCAAGCUCAAGUCCAGGCAGUGGGUAAUUUUCAGAGGCCCUACAACAACCCCUACUCCAACUCAUAUAAUCCGGGGUGGAGAAACCAUCCUAACUUUUCUUGGAGAAAUAAUCAGGACAAGCAACAACCGUUUCAACCACAGUAUCAGCGGCCUAUGACUCAAGCUCCACCACAAGCAUCAACCUCUCAGCAACCUAGGCCACCAGCUCCUACAAAACAGCCUAGUGAAUUGCAGGCUGCCCUAUUGACUCUCACCAACACUCAAACUCAGUUUAUGACUGAGACUAGAUCCUCCUUCAGAAAUUUGGAGAUGCAAGUGGGGCAGCUGGCCAAUAUGUUGAAUACUAGGCCCCAAGGGAAUUUGCCUAGCAAUACUGUGGUAAAUCCUAAGGAGCAAUGUCAAGCUAUCACUCUGAGGAGUGGGAAAGAAAUUGAGGGUCCUUCUUUAAAAGAGACUCAAGAAAAAAAGGCAGAAGAAGAGGAGAGUUGUGAAAAAAUUGAGCCCCAAGUGGAGGAAAAGGUUACUGAAGGCCUUGCAACCAAAGAGAAUAUUCAACCGGUAGUUAUUGAUUCUAAUGUCAAAAUCCCGUAUCCACAACGACUCCGGAAGAAAUCUCUUGACAAACAAUUCUCAAAGUUUCUUGAGGUGUUUAAACAGAUUUACAUUAACAUCCCAUUUGCUGAGGCUUUGGAGCAAAUGUCGAGUUAUGUGAAAUUCAUAAAAGAGAUUUUAUCAAAGAAACGAAAGUUGGAAGACUUUGAGACAGUGGCACUUACUGAAGGGUGCAGUGCAAUUCUCCAAAGGAAGCUUCCACAAAAGCUUCAAGAUCCAGGGAGUUUUACUAUCCCUUGUACUAUAGGGAAAUUUGAAUGCAAACAUGCUCUUUGUGAUCUUGGAACAACUAUCAAUCUCAUGCCACUAUCUGUAUUUUGGAAGCUUGGUCUUGGUGAGGCAAAGCCUACUACUAUUACUCUUCAGCUCGCGGAUCGAUCAAUCAAGUACCCAAGGGGAGUUAUUGAAGAUGUGCUAGUCAAGGUAGACAAGUUUAUUUGUCCAGCAGAUUUCAUUGUUCUAGACAUGGAAGAUGAUGCAAACAUUCCCAUUAUUUUGGGAAGACCAUUCUUAGCCACAGGGAGAGCACUAAUUGAUGUACAAAAGGGGGAGUUGAAGCUGCGAGUGCAAAAUGAAGAGGUAACAUUUAAUGUUUUUUCAGAAAGUCAUAUUCCAACUUGUUGUAGAGUGGAUGUGGUCUGUAGUGGUGGUAGUAAUUUGGAAACCACCAAGAGAAAAACCAAUGCUAAAACUGGUAGUCGAGCAAUUCGUCAUUAUUUGAAACAGUUUUCUAGUGGGAAGGCUCGAAGGCUGCACGAGCGGUGGAAGGCUUCAACGAUUAGCAACAUCAAAAGAUGA